UUUUAGCUCCCGUGUGCCAUGCCGGGCCUGAGAGAAACUGCAGGCCAAAGUUUAUUUAUUUAUUUAUUUUAAAUAAAUGCAAAAUUGCUGUUUAUGUUAGUGAUGUUUUCCUUUUGAAAUGGCUGUGGAAUCUACUCUCUCCCUAAAAGCUCUUCUCCUUUCCCUCUCAGACAAUCGCUUCAAUUUUGCGCCAUUUUCGAUCUGCUCUGUUGCUUCUUAAUAUCUGCUGGUAGACACUUCUAGUUGAUUAUGGCGGAUACAAGCUCUGUUGAUGUCAUUCUGGACUUUCUACGGAGAAAUCGCUUCACCAGAGCUGAGGCAGCAUUGCGCAGUGAGCUAAGUAACCGCCCUGAUUUGAAUGGAUUCCUUAAAAAACUUACCCUUGAAAACAAGGAAUUAGGAAAGGUUUUGGAAGAAGAGAAUGGGAGCAAACAGGGAAGUGACUAUCAGGGACUCAGUUCUCGUAAUAGCUAUGAAGUUUCUAAUGAGCUUAUUGUUAAAGAGAUAGAGUGUGGAACAGGCAGAAAUGGGUCUGAGAGCAAAUGGAGAAACUCUGCUUUGGUUGGAGACUGGAGUGAUAAGCCUAAUGAAGCAGUUGCUGCAAUUGAUUCUGAGGACACUGUGCUUGAUUUAUAUUCAUGGAACUUUAAUGCUCGCAAUGGUCAUUCUUCUAAUGUUUAUCAGAAUGAUGGUGGUACUAAUGAUAACUACUCUAGUAAAGCAAUUGUAAAGUCUGGAGAUGAGGUUGUCUUCUCUGGUGAACAGAGAAGUUUGUGGCUUGGAAGCACAAGUUCUAGCAAUGCUAAAGCAGAAUCCAAGUAUGACAAAUUUCCAAUAAGGGAACCAAAGGAACUUGAUCAGCAGCUGAAGACUGCUGUUGCUUACUCUAUGGAUAACUCAUGGUCUAGAAGCGAGGAGCCCACUGGUUCUGCAAACACAUGGAAAGAUUGUUCUGUCAAGACUGUUUUUCCAUUUCCCAAGGGUGAUGUAUCAACCAGUUAUGAUACCAACACUGGUUUGGACAAAAGAGAAGGGAAGAAAAAAACUGAUAUGGUUGAUGUUAGGGUGUCAAUCAAACAGCAGGUGGAUGAGGUUGGUAGGGCUUUAUACUAUGGGAAGACUCAAGGGAGUGCAGAGCAAAAGAACUUAAGUGGCUUGAGUUUUCCUCUUGCAUCUGAUAAUCCAAAGGAAGAAUUUCCGAGGCUUCCCCCUGUUAAACUUAAGUCAGAGGACAAACCAUUAAAUGUCAAUUGGCAGGAAAAAUUUGAGCAUGAUGGGUCAGGACCGAAGCACAGUAGUGCUGAUAAUACUUUUCUUAUUGGGUCUUAUCUUGAUGUUCCUAUUGGACAAGAAAUCAAUUCUUCAGGUGGCAAAAGGAUUGCUGGAGGUAGCUGGCUCUCUGUGAGUCAAGGAAUAGCUGAGGACACAUCAGAUCUGGUUUCUGGUUUUGCUACAAUUGGUGAUGGAUUAAGUGAAUCCAUUGAUUAUCCUAAUGAAUAUUGGGAUUCUGAUGAGUAUGAUGAUGAUGAUGAUGUUGGAUACAUGAGACAACCGAUUGAGGAUGAGGCAUGGUUUCUUGCUCAUGAAAUUGAUUACCCAAGCGACAAUGAGAAGGGAACGGGGCAUGGUAGUGUUCCAGAUCCACAGGAAAGGGGUCCAACUAAAGAUGAGGAUGAUGAUCAAUCAUUUGCCGAGGAGGAUUCUUACUUCUCCGGUGAGCAGUAUUUUCAAGCAAAGACUGUUGAGCCAGUUACAGCUUCAGAUGAUCCUAUAGGAUUGUCAGUGACAGAAAUGUAUAGGACAGAUGAGAAUGAUUUAAUAGCUCAAUAUGAUGGACAAUUGAUGGAUGAAGAAGAACUAAAUUUGAUGCGUGCAGAACCUGUCUGGCAGGGAUUUGUCACUCAGACGAAUGAGCUCAUUAUGCUAGGAGAUGGGAAGGCCCUAAAUGACGGUGGAAGACCACGGCUAGAUGAUAUUUGUGUUGAUGAUGAUCAACAUGGUUCAGUUAGGUCAAUUGGUGUGGGUAUGAAUAGUGAUGCUGCUGAGUUUGGCAGUGAAAUACGGGAAAGUUUGGUUGGAGGCAGUAGUGAAGGGGAUUUAGAGUAUUUUCAUGAGCAUGAUGUUGGCAUUGGUGGGUCGAGAUCCUCUCACCAUGAAUCAGACAAGAAAUAUGUCGACAGACAAAACAGGGAUAAAAAGAGAAUCACUAAACAGGAUUCCAAUAUAUAUGGAUCUGUGAAUGACAAAGUUGCAUCUUCACAAGUAAAAGAUCGUAGAGAUGGGGGAUUUUCAUUUCCCCCACCAUUGAGGGAUGGGCAAUUGGGGCAGGCAGGUUCUAGUAAAUCUUUAUGGUCAAACAACAAUAAAACAAUUAUUAGUGCUGAAAUUGAUGACCAUAAUAAUGCGCCGGUGGUGGCGGACAAUAUGCUUGUUGCAUGGAGGCAGAAAAGUAGUGAUUCUUCAACCAUCAAAAGUUCUCGGGAUGAGAAUAAUGUUAAUGCUGUUAGAUCUGCAGCUUCCUCUCCCUCUACACUCUCAAAUUAUGGUGGGGCUGAACAAGAGCAUGCCAUAAAAGAAGACGAUGAGAAAACUGGCUGUGCGAGGGAGGAGGAUCCUGGGGCAGCAAUUGAGGAUGAAGAGGCAGCUGCUGUUCAAGAGCAAGUAAGGCAAAUCAAGGCUCAAGAGGAGGAAUUUGAAACUUUCAACCUCAAGAUUGUUCACAGGAAAAACAGAACUGGCUUUGAGGAGGACAAGAACUUCCAUGUUGUUUUAAAUUCUGUAAUAGCUGGGCGUUAUCAUGUCACUGAGUAUCUUGGAUCAGCUGCUUUCAGUAAAGCUAUACAAGCGCAUGACCUGCAUACAGGAAUGGAUGUCUGCGUUAAAAUCAUAAAAAACAAUAAGGAUUUCUUUGAUCAGAGUCUUGAUGAGAUAAAGCUUCUAAAGUAUGUUAACAAGCAUGACCCUGCUGACAAGUACCACAUUCUCAGAUUGUAUGAUUACUUCUAUUACCGUGAGCAUUUAUUAAUUGUAUGUGAACUUCUCAAGGCAAACUUAUAUGAGUUCCAUAAGUUCAAUAGAGAAUCAGGAGGAGAGGUUUACUUUACAAUGCCCAGAUUGCAGUCAAUUACCAUUCAAUGUUUGGAGGCACUUCAGUUUUUGCAUGGACUUGGCCUUAUACAUUGUGAUUUAAAGCCUGAGAAUAUAUUGGUGAAAAGUUAUAGUAGAUGUGAGGUGAAAGUCAUUGAUCUUGGGAGUAGCUGUUUUGAGACGGAUCAUCUAUGCUCCUAUGUUCAAUCCAGAUCCUAUCGUGCUCCAGAGGUUAUCUUGGGGCUUCCAUAUGAUAAGAAGAUAGAUAUCUGGUCUCUUGGCUGCAUCUUGGCUGAACUUUGUACAGGCAAUGUACUCUUUCAAAAUGAUUCACCAGCAACGUUAUUAGCACGGGUUAUCGGAAUUAUAAGCCCUAUCGAUCAAGUUAUGCUAGCUAAAGGACGAGAUACCUAUAAGUAUUUUACCAAGAAUCACAUGCUUUACGAGAGGAAUCAGGACACCAACAGAUUGGAAUACCUGAUACCAAAAAAGACAUCCUUGAGGCAUCGAUUGCCAAUGGGGGAUCAAGGCUUCAUUGACUUUGUUGCUUAUUUGCUUGAAAUAAACCCAAAAAAGCGUCCCUCUGCAUCAGAGGCUCUGAAGCACCCAUGGUUGUCAUAUCCGUACGAACCGAUAUCAGCGUGAACUGAUUUUUGGAUUCUCACACUAAGAAGGAUGACAAGCUGCAAGGGCCAGCUUCAUCCCUGGUAUUGCUGUCUUGUUGAAGGAAGGAGCAAGUGAUACUAUUUUUAUAUCCUUGAUGGACCUGCAUGCAUUGAACUGCCUGUUUGGUUUUGUGGUGAAUCUCUUUUUCCUGGUGUUACCAAGUUGUAUUUUAAAUUGCCACAAUUAAGCUCAAUGUAAUUUUGCACGCACUCUAUUCUUAGGGGGUUUUCUUUCUUCGCGUUGUUUUAUCUGGUGGAAGGGGAAUCGUAGAUCUUGUUGUACAUGUGUGACAAUUCUUUUAGGCUACUUAGUAAUAGCAUGUGGAAAAUAGUUGCUUAUCCGAUAUUCUAAUUAAUUGCAUGAUUUUUCGAAGGGUA